CUGCAGGCCGAGCUCAGCCGAAGGGACCCGAAAGGCGCCGAGGCCCGCGUUGUAGCGGUACUGAUCCGAGGCGGCUGGACGCGCCCCACCCGGCAUCAGGCGGAGCCAGAGAUGCUGGCCAGGGCCGAGCGGCCCCGCCCGGGCCCCCGGCCACCUCCGGUGUCGCCCUUCCCGCCGCCGCCACCGCCGCCGUCGCUGCUGCUGCUGCUGGCGAUGCUGAGUGCUCCGGUGUGUGGCCGCGUCCCCCGCUCGGUGCCCAGAACCUCGCUGCCCAUCUCCGAGGCCGACUCCUAUCUCACCCGGUUUGCUGCCCCUCAUAUAUACAAUUACUCUGCUCUCCUUGUGGAUCCUGCUUCUCACACGCUUUACGUCGGGGCUCGGGACAGCAUCUUCGCUUUAUCCCUGCCCUUCUCGGGGGAAAGACCCCGCAGGAUUGACUGGAUGGUGCCCGAGGCUCACAGACAGAACUGUAGGAAGAAAGGCAAGAAAGAGGACGAAUGUCACAAUUUUAUCCAGAUUCUCGCCAUGGCCAAUGCCUCUCACCUCCUCACUUGUGGCACCUUCGCUUUUGAUCCGAAGUGCGGGGUUAUUGGUGUGUCCAGUUUCCAGCAGGUUGAAAGACUUGAGAGUGGCCGGGGGAAAUGUCCUUUUGAGCCAGCUCAACGGUCAGCAGCUGUAAUGGCUGGGGGCGUCCUCUACACCGCCACUGUGAAAAACUUCCUAGGGACGGAGCCGAUUAUCUCCCGAGCCGUGGGUCGUGCUGAGGACUGGAUUCGAACAGAGACCUUGCCAUCCUGGCUUAAUGCCCCAGCCUUUGUGGCAGCGAUGGUCCUGAGCCCGGCCGAGUGGGGGGAUGAAGCUGGAGACGAUGAAAUACUCUUCUUCUUCACGGAGACCUCCCGAGUGCUGGACUCCUAUGAGCGUAUCAAGGUCCCGCGGGUGGCCCGAGUGUGUGCGGGGGACCUUGGAGGCCGGAAGACCCUUCAGCAGAGAUGGACAACAUUUCUAAAGGCUGACCUGCUGUGUCCAGGGGCUGAGCAUGGCCGGGCCUCUGGGGUCCUGCAGGAUAUGACAGAGCUUCGACCUCAGCCUAGAGGGGGGACUCCCGUCUUCUACGGCAUCUUUUCCUCUCAGUGGGAAGGAGCUGCCAUCUCAGCCGUGUGCGCCUUCCGACCCCAAGAUAUCCGGGCAGUGCUGAACGGUCCCUUUAGAGAGCUAAAACAUGACUGCAACAGGGGACUACCUGUCAUGGACAACGAGGUGCCCCAGCCCAGACCUGGAGAGUGUAUCACCAACAACAUGAAGCUCCAGCAGUUUGGGUCCUCACUCUCCCUGCCCGACCGGGUCCUCACCUUCAUCAGAGACCACCCGCUCAUGGACAGGCCCGUGUUUCCAGCGGAUGGUCGCCCCCUGCUGGUCACUACUGAUACAGCCUAUCUCAGAGUGGUGGCCCACAGGGUGACCAGCCUCUCAGGGAAAGAAUAUGAUGUGCUCUACCUGGGGACAGAGGAUGGACACAUCCACCGGGCUGUGCGCAUCGGUGCUCAGCUCAGUGUCCUGGAAGAUCUGGCCUUGUUCCCAGAGCCACAGCCGGUUGAGAGCAUGAAAUUGUACCGUGGCUGGCUCCUGGUGGGCUCCCACACCGAGGUGACCCAAGUGAACACCAGCAACUGUGGCCGUCUCCAGAGCUGCUCGGAGUGUAUCCUGGCUCAGGACCCCGUGUGUGCCUGGAGCUUCCGCCUUGAUGCUUGUGUGGCCCAUGCCGGGGAGCACCGUGGGAUGGUCCAAGACAUAGAGUCAGCGGAUGUCUCUUCCUUGUGUCCGAAAGAACCUGGAGAACACCCGGUAGUGUUUGAAGUUCCGGUGGCUACCAAGGGCCAUGUGGUCCUGCCAUGCUUCCCCAGCUCCGCCUGGGCAUCCUGUGUCUGGCACCAGCCGAAUGGAGUAACGGCACUCACGCCCCGAAGGGAUGGGCUAGAGGUGGUGGUGACCCCAGGGGCCAUGGGUGCUUACGCUUGUGAGUGUCAGGAGGGUGGCGCGGCCCGGGUGGUGGCUGCUUACAGCCUGGUGUGGGGCAGCCAGCAGGGGCCUUCAAACCGGGCCCACACGGUGGUGGGGGCUGGGCUGGUUGGCUUUUGCCUGGGGGCUCUUGCAGCAUCCCUCACUCUCCUCCUGAUCGGUCGCCGUCAGCAGCGGCGGCGACAGAGGGAACUUCUGGCUAGAGACAAGGUGGGCUUAGACCUGGGGGCUCCACCUUCUGGGACCACCAGCUACAGCCAAGACCCUCCCUCCCCUUCCCCGGAAGAUGAACGGCUGCCCCUGGCCCUGGCCAAGAGGGGCAGCGGUUUUGGUGGUUUCCCUCCACCCUUUCUGCUAGACUCUUGCUCGAGCCCAGCCCAUAUCCGGCUCACGGGGGCUCCUCUAGCCACAUGUGACGAGACAUCCAUCUAGAGCCAGGAGAAUGACUGCCAGCCCGUGAGCAAUCACUGGAACUAGCAGCUGCCAAGACCAGGGUGACUGGACCUGGGAGAUGAUCAUGACGGCUCUUGGAGUCUGUGUGAUCACCUGGACAGCGGUGUCUGUCUGUCCUCUAGACCUGGAUGAGCUGGGGGCCAGACCUUUGCCUGAUUCCUGAUUCCUAUGAGAGGUCAACCCUUGUGACCCUUCCGCCACGGCCUCCUAUCUUGGGCCCAUCAGUUGUGGCGUGGAGCAAGGACAUAGCUCUGACUUGCUUUAGGAUGGGCCCCGGACAGAAGGAAGCACCACAGAGGUAGUUGGUGGGGGUCGGUGUGCGCUGCAUCCUUGUGGUGGCUGUAUGAUUUCCCAGUUUGCUGACUCUGGGGAGUGCAUGAUCCCCUGAGCGCCUUGAGAUCUCUCCCACCUCACUUUCCCUUUGUUCCUGGAAGAGUGUGUGUCUAUACACUGGUGUGCCUAGAAGACCUGUCCAUAUGUGCAUGAAUGGCAGGGCUGGUGCCUAGGUGCUUUCUGGGGGAAGGAGGGCAAGGUUGGAAUGGGGGACAUUGCCCAUACAACUUCACCCUCCGUAGUCAGUGAGGGAAACCACCCGCUCCCCCCGCCCCCAUCACCCCACAGAGCUUCUCUGACUUUGAGCAAAGUUCCCAAAGUGACCUUCUGGGUGGAAAGGGCAGCAGGACAUGUGGCCCCCACCCUCUUCCUUGUCUUUCCUCUCUGGCUGCCACCACUGCCAUGCCGCCGCUGCGCUUUCCCUGGCUAGUGUGGAGGCCGAGGUCUCUCUCCUUGGCUCCCAUUUAAGACGAACUUCACAACGUUCUAACUAUUGUGGGAUGACAAACGGAGCCCGGAAAUGUGUGUAGGGAAUACAAGCUGGUUAAAGGUAGAUUCGCCUCAGUGACUUUCACCCUUGCCCUAAAAUAGGAGUCCCCCCCCCAACUGGGGCUCACGGACUCCUAGAAAUUGUAUGCAAAAUGUCUGUCCAUGUGUGUCUAUUUCUUGGGAUGUAAUGGCUUUCAUCAGAGCGAAAGGCCUUAAUGAGGUUAAAGGACCACGGCCCAUCGUCGCCACAUGGGCCACGUGGAGGAGGUGCUGCUCCGUGCCAGUUCCUUCCUGCCCCGCUGCCUGUGGCCGGUCCCUGGACGCGUUGCUGCUGGAGAUCCAGCAUCUCUCCAGUUGUUGGAAGCUAGACUCUGCACGUGCUUGAAGACACCGUCACCUCGUUUCUUGCUUUGUAGUCCCCGUGUGCCCUGCUUCUGCUCAGUCCCGGUCUUGGCCUGUGAACGUGCCUCGUCCAUCCCUGGUGGGGGCCUUGGACUCCAUUGGUGACGCAGCCCUUUCCAGUUGAUGUUUUCUGCUCCACUUGUCUUGACAGCAGCCUGUGAACUACUCAAGAGUCCCCUUGGGUUUGGCGUUAUCAGUGGCUUUGUGUGGGAUCUUUGGCACGUACUCUAACAUAGGGACGUUGGUUUAUUCAUCUGUAAAGUGGGGAAAUACCUACCUCAGGGUUGCUGCAAGGACCAAACGAGGAAAUGUAUAAACAAUAAAGCAUUCCCUAUACCAGUA